AGCUGGUGGCGGGAAAAUACAUUUUGGACUUAAUUCCUACCGGAAAAGAAGAAAGGUGACGUCAUUGUUUACGCUGUCCUCCAUCAGAGACUGCUGGUCCACCUGUCUGACGUUCAGGAGACAGUGAUGGCGUAGAGACAGUCUCCUUCCAGGAGGGGAGGUCUCCUUUCAACAUGGCUUCUGAACUCCAUGAAACCAUAUUUAUGGCCAAGCAGGAGCGCCACAAAAACCUUUUUCUGAACUACAAAAACCUGAACAUGUUUCCGGUGGAGCUGCUGAAGGAUGAAGGGCUGCGGUUUCUGGAGAGAUUGUACAUGAAGAGAAACUCCCUCACCACGCUGCCUGACAAUCUUGCUCAGAAGCUCCCAAAUCUAAUUGAACUGUACCUGCACUCAAACAACAUAGUCGUUAUACCCAAAGCUAUUGGAAACUUGGCCAGACUUCAGUCGUUGGACCUGAGCAAUAACGCCCUCCAGCUGCUCUGUCCAGAAGUUGGCCGUCUAAGGUCUCUACGCCACCUGAGAUUGUCCAACAAUCAACUUAAAAACCUUCCUUCAGAGAUCGGUGAUCUUCAGGACCUGGAGACACUUGACGUAUCCAUGAACCAGCUGAUGUCUCUACCAGACAGCCUGCACCGCUGUGUCUCGCUGCAGAACCUGACAGUGGACCACAACCUGCUGAGCCAUGUUCCUCGACAACUCUGCUGGCUACACUGCCUCAACCAGCUCUCCAUGGCUGCCAACCGACUAACCUUCCUCCCACUUGAUCUCGGCAGAUCCAGAGAGCUACAGUUUGUGUUUGUGGACAACAACACGGACCUAAAAGGUCUCCCGUCCUACAUGUACAACAAGGUCAUCGGCUGCAGCGGGUGUGGUGUAUCCUACCAAGGGCUGGGGGGUGAGAUGGGUGAGGUGCUGCGUGAUGCUCUGAUUGGGCUUCCAGCUGAGGUGAAGGUGAUUGGAUCAGAGAAGGAUAACGUGGUUCCUCUGGAGGAGCUGGCCAUGAGGACUCUGCACCACAUCCACCAGCAGCACCCAGCAGGCCUGAACCUGCUGCCCCCCAUCAGCCUCCCAAAGGCCCUGCUGGACCUGCUGCAGUUCCCUCUGGGUCACUGUCACCGGUGCAGCCAGGCCAUGUUCACCAUCACAUACCCGAAGUUUUUCCCACUCCGUGACACGGCCCUGGCAGGAGUGCACCGCAGAACCACAGUGAGUUUUGUGGCCUAUUGCUGCUCCAGUCACUGCCACAGGACCUUUGACCUGCAGGGGUGAUGCAACCCCCCCAAAAAAAGUUCAUCUUCAGUAUCGAGGGGGACAGAUAAUGUCCUGAGGGCUGUCAGCUGGUGAAGCUAAUCACACAGGAACUCUGCUACCUGCCAUUGCAGAUGCUGGACGAUGGGACUGCUGCUCCUUGAGUUCAUAUUCCAUCUCUCUGGACAUAAAACACUUGUGGUCUAGCUGAUCAGCUUGGGUUGUUUGGGUUCAGGAUGAUCAUCAUCAGUGUUGGACCUGAGGACCACUCACAGGAGAGAACUUUGACAAGCAAAGACUUUGAUUCUUGGGAAUUCAUGGAGUCAUUUUGUAAUAAUGCUAAUUACUGAAGAAUGUUUAAAGGUUUCUUAUUUAAAAGUGUGUUAAAUGUGUUAUUUAUAAAUAAUACAAUUACUAGAA